GCUAAUUUUAAUUAACUACUUCACUAGCUUGUAAAAAACAUAGUACAGCAAAGAUUUGACUAUUAGCUACACAUAUUAGUAGUUAAUUUCGUCGGUGAACAAGUCCAGCUGACUUCUAAUGAUGGCUCAAAUGAUGGCUUGCCAUCUUUUGAUUGUCUGGUUACUCGUCUUGCUCUGCCAGCAAGGGUCACAGAGGUACAUCCCCUCACCGCCUGGUAUUGACCCCGCCUUCGCGGCCGAACCAUACGAACGUCACUCCUCCCCCCUCUCCUCGCUUGAUACAUCUCCUGGCUCCUCCCCCCUCUCCUCGCUUGAUACAUCUCCUGGUUCCUCCCCCAUCUCCUCGCUUGAUACAUCUCCUGGCUCCUCCCCCAUCUCCUCGCUUGAUACAUCUCCUGGCUCCUCCCCCGUCUCCUCGCUUGAUACAUCUCCUGGCUCCUCCCCCCUCUCCUCCCAGGAGAUUGUGUCUGCCCCCUCCACCCCCUUCACCUCCUCCACCCCCUCACCUCUGGAUCUCAUCCCCACUCAGCUGGCUCCGCCUCCUGCCUACAGCCACCUCAAUACAACUGAUGUCCAUAGCAACCCAGCUAGCGACCCUGACAACUCUGAUGAGGACCUGGUUGUGGAUUCGGUGGGCAGAACGACCUCGAGUGACACUGAUGCUCCUGCCGACCCUAGUCUGACCUACGACCCCAGCCUGAUCUACGACCCCUCUGACUCUGAGGAGGGAUCUGCAGAUGUGUGGUUGGAGGAGGAGCUAGAAGAGGAGGCCAGCAGAAACUUCAUUUCCCACAAUGCCACACUGCUCCAUCGCCCCCUGAUUGAGUCUGUGACCGAUGCCGCUAUGGCAACGGACUUUGGUGAUGCCACACAUACUAAGGCUUCCAUGGCUACCACGUAUUCUUACUGGGACUCUGAUAAUAUGACCGAGGCCAAUGGUAACCAUGACGACAUCCAAGACGUUGACGUGGUUGAUUUACUUCCUGUUAUUUAUUCCUCCGACGACACAGUUACGGACGUCGCUGAGGGCUCAUACAAUGGCGAAGGGAGCGGUGGGAGUUGUAGUUUUAGCGGCCCCGCGGAGGCCUGUAGUUCCUCUGAAACCAAAAUUGACUCUACGGAGUCACUUGGGCGCCAUGGAGACGACAAGGAUGAGUCGACGUCUGGUCCCGUUAGCAACAGCCCGCUUAGAGACAGCGAAGCCAUGAAAGGCCCCAUCGCUGCUUUCCGUGAGCCCACCCUCUCCUCCAAUCAAGACGGCGUUGCUGUGACGCCUGAUGAUGUCAUCAGCACCAGCCAAUCACAGGGGGAGGCACUUCCCCCCCUGUCUGUGGCCACGCCCACCCCUCCUGCUUCGGGACAUGUGGAACCAGGACGUGGAAUCCUGGGCUGGGUCCGAGAUCUGUUCCUCUGGCGACAGAGUUCUUAGAACUCUGGAACCUGAUCGCCUCUCUCACUUCCUGUUGGAAACCUCUUAGGACUGGAGGGGGGUUUGGGAAUUGUAAAUGUAAGAUGAGUUGUCUUGAAGAAUUUAGUUUUUUUAUGUACACGUUCUAUAUAUAUAAAAUGUAUUUUGCCAACAAUGUUUCAGUGAUACAAAAAAUAAACAUUUAUUGAGUGU